GGAAUCUGAACUGGCCGCGGUACCAAGUCGGGAGUCAAGCACGAGAAUUCGUGGAGAACGUUACUACGAGAUAUUUUUGAGCGAAAGACCUGUUACAGAUUCCUCCAACCUUUUUCUUUUGGAAAAUACUCCUAAAAAGUAUUCAAAAUGCUACCGAGACGGCGCGUCAUUGAGCUUUUGCAAGUCAUUUCGUCCCAGUCAUGCAAAUGUCCAGCGCACGGGAAUCCGGGAGCUGCCAGCAUACGGGAUCACGGGAAAGCUUGGAGCACUGCAGCAAAUGCCACAGCCGACAAGGAAUAUGCUUUCGAGAUGGCUUGUUCUACGGUGCGAUAUGGAAUAGGAGUAACGAGAGAAUUGGGAAUGGACAUACAAAAUUUAGGAGCGAAGAAAACGUGCCUGAUGACAGAUCCUAAUUUGGUGAAAUUAGCCCCCGUGAAAACUGCCAUUAACAGCCUCUCCAAAUACGGAGUUCAAUUCGAGAUCUAUGAUAAAGUCCGCGUAGAACCAACUGAGCAAAGUUUACAAGAUUCGAUUGAAUUUGCUAAGCGUGGAAAUUUUGACGCUUUUAUAGCGGUUGGCGGUGGUUCUGUGAUGGAUACCUGCAAAGCGGCAAAUCUAUAUAGUUGUGAUCCGGACGCCGAAUUCUUAGAUUAUGUAAAUGCGCCGAUUGGAAAGGGUAAUCCGAUUCGAGUUCCUCUGAAACCGCUCAUUGCUGUUCCGACGACCUCAGGUACCGGUUCUGAAACAACUGGAGUAUCCAUCUUCGACUAUCGACCGUUAAAGGCCAAAACGGGGAUCGCAAACAGAUCUCUACGUCCCACGUUAGGAAUCAUCGAUCCUCAGCAUACUCUGACUUUACCGGAGAGAGUAUGUGCAUACUCUGGUUUCGACGUGCUCUGUCACGCUUUGGAAUCCUUCACGGCGAUACCUUAUACAGAGAGGACACCAUGCCCAGCGAAUCCAAUUCUGAGACCAGCUUACCAAGGUAGCAAUCCUGUCAGCGACGUCUGGGCACGAUAUGCUCUCCAAGUUAUGUGCAAAUACUUUAAACGAGCAGUUUACAAUCAAGACGAUUUGGAAGCGAGGAGUCAUAUGCAUUUAGCAAGUACAAUGGCGGGUGUUGGCUUCGGAAAUGCUGGUGUUCAUCUUUGUCAUGGACUUUCGUAUCCUAUCAGCGGAAAUGUUCGAAAUUUUCAACCAAAAGGAUACAGCAAUGAUCAUCCAAUAAUUCCUCACGGUUUAUCAGUGGUGAUCUCCGCGCCAGCCGUAUUUUCCUUCACCGGAAAUGCAUGUCCAGAGAGGCAUUUGGAAGCUGCGGAACUACUCGGCGCAGAUGUCAAGAAUGCCAAGCGGGCUGACGCUGGCAAAAUUUUGGCCGACACUGUAAAAGAAUAUAUGCGGGUUAUGAAAGUUGAAAAUGGCUUGACGGAACUCGGUUUCAAGAAAGAAGACAUACCUACCUUAGUUCAAGGCACUUUGCCUCAGCAUCGCAUUACGAAAUUGGCGCCACGUGAACAAUCUGAGGAAGAUCUUGCGCAAUUGUUCGAAAAUUCAUUUACCAUUUAUUAAUGGUCAUUUAAUAUUUGCAAAUUAACCUUUCAAAUUAACGUUCCAUUAAUUGUAUGUAAAUAGAAUUGUAAGAAGUAAAGACUUUUUAUAAAAGAGAAUUUAUAAGAAAACAAAUUUUAUAUAGCUGAAAGAUUAUACGUUGAUAAACGUAAAUAAAAGUUUUUAUAAAUGACA